AUGGAAAAGCAGGCCGCCGAUUUGUUAGGUGACGUGUCUCCUGGCGCAACUACAUACUCUCGUAUUGCGUGCAUAGGAGCUGGCUUCUCCGCUAUCGGUCUCGGUGCCAGUUUGUAUAGAUGGUACGGGAUCACCGAUAUUCAGUUUUUUGAAAGACGAGCCUCAUCCGGCGGAACAUGGUUUGCCAACAGCUAUCCUGGUUGUGCUUGCGACGUACCAUCCGCGUUGUACUCGUACAGCUUUGAACAGAACCCGCAGUGGACCAAGCUUUUGCCGGGCCAAAAGGAGCUCAAAGUUUACUUGGAUGGAGUAACCGACAAAUAUCAACUUGGGGAGCGAAUGCGUUUCGAGGUCGAGGUCGAGAAGUUUGUUUGGAGCGAGUCCACUCAGCGAUGGACUCUCUGGCUUCGAGACCUUCGCACCAAGCAACAGUUGAAACACGUCUGCCAAAUCCUCUUCAAUUGCGGUGGUGCCCUGGUGGUUCCCAACCCAAUUGCCUUCCCCAAGCAGGAGACUUUCCAAGGCGAGAUCUUCCACUCAGCACAAUGGAAUCACAACGUCAGUCUCGAGGGAAAACGGGUUAUCGUCAUUGGCAAUGGCUGUACUGGCACGCAGAUCGUUCCAGCUCUCAUAAGAACAGAAAAGGUUGCCAGUGUCGUGAAUAUUGUACGAAGCAAACAGUGGAUCUACCCUUCAUUGGAUUUUCAUUACAACAAGUUCAUGCAAUGGUGCUUCAGGAAUAUACCUUUUGCUCUACAGAUGCAUCGGUUCCACAUAUUCCUUUAUGCCGAACGAGAGCUUCCGACGUUUCAGAUGACUUCUAAAGGUGCCCGACUUCGCGAGAAGAGGAGGAAAUUUGUCGAGGGAUACAUGCGUUCCGCAGCGCCUCCUAAAUACCACGAUAUUCUCAUUCCCGACUUUGAGAUUGGUUGUAAGAGACGAAUUUACGAUUCAGGAUACCUCCAAGCUCUUCACGACUCUAGAGUUACUUUGACAAACAGUCCCAUCCGUGAAUUCACUUCGACCGGGAUCCGCACUGACGAUGGUGUUAUCGAGGCUGACGUUGUCGUCGUCGCCAAUGGCUUCAAUAUUCACGCCCCGUUCCCCAGGGGCGUAGUCGUUGGAAAGGAUAAUUGCGAUCUAGCAGACUACUGGCAAAAAUACGGCGGACCUGGAGCGUACAAUGGAACAGCUGUGGCGCCUUUUCCAAACUUGUUCUUCAUUUUGGGACCGAACUCGGGAACUGGUCAUACAUCUGCUGUUAUGCCGAUGGAGAAGUAG